CGCGACUUCAGUGCGUUAACAUCUACCAUGGCUGCUGAAAUGCGCAUAAAUCCUCAACGCGCGGCGCAGCUCACAGAGAAUAUUGCGAGCAUCACAUCGCGCAUCCAUGCCGCAAGCACAAGCGGACAGCAGGUCCGCCUUAUAGCAGUUUCGAAGCUGAAGCCUGCAAAUGACAUUCUCGCCCUGCACCAACCGCCCAACCCGACGCAAACCCAUUUCGGCGAGAACUAUGUCCAAGAGCUCCUCGAGAAAUCCAAGCUCCUCCCGCGUACCAUCCGAUGGCACAUGAUCGGGGGCUUACAGUCGAACAAGUGCAAACAGCUAGCCGAACAAGUACCGAACCUGUGGUGCGUCAGCAGUGUGGACAGCGAGAAAAAGGCAAACGAGCUGGAGAAGGGGCGGCGUGCGCUGCUUGAGAAGGACCCCGAGGCCGAGAAGCUGCGCGUCAUGGUGCAGGUCAACACCAGCGGCGAGGCAGAGAAGUCUGGCGUGGAGCCGGCAGAUGCUACGAAGCUGUGCAAACACAUCCUCGAGAAGUGCUCGCAUCUCGAGCUCUUUGGGUUGAUGACGAUUGGGGCCAUUGCGCGGAGCAAGGAGACGACGCCGGAGAACGAGAAUGAGGACUUUGUCUGCUUGAGGGAUACGAGGGAUAAGGUUGCGGAGGAGCUUGGGUGGGACAAGAAUAAGCUCGAGCUGAGCAUGGGCAUGAGUGCGGAUUUCGAGGGUGCGAUCAAGAUGGGGAGUGGUGAGGUGAGAGUAGGAAGUGACAUCUUUGGUGAGAGGCCGCAAAAGAAGGACGCCAUUAUCAAGGAAGACGUGGCGGAAGACAAAAGCUAGUUGGAAAUUCCUCAAGACAAAAGGAUUGCAACACUGCACUGGCUGUUCUCUUGCUGCUGCUGCUGCU